AUGCCACAUCGGGUUGUGGAUCUCUUCCGGUCAUCGGCGCAUUCGCUUGAGAUCCAAGUGUCAAGUCUCACCAAGAAGUCAGCCUCGGGUGCGACACGGAGGCGAUACUCUCCCGACAGGGCUGCAAAAGGCUCCAGGAGUUCCGAGCGAACUUCAUCCUCGGUGUUGAUUCUUGAAGACGAUUUGGACGGCGUUCCUGCCCCGCCAUACACACCACAUGCCCGGAUGGAGGGUUCUCGUGCAAGCAGCUUCUCCUUAGAUUCGCACAAGGAGCAUGGGUCCAGCCACCACCAUCAUCACAAGAUCUCAUUUCCCGGCGUGCACUUCGGUCGAUCCAGCAAGGAUAGCCACAGCUCGUCGCCUGCUACGCUCGACUGGGAGCUCGAGUCUCCGCCGCUUGUCAUGUAUGGCGAUCCCGAAACCAGUAGCGGCGCGCUGCUCUCGGGCCAGCUGUUUUUGAACAUCAAGGAAGAGGGCCUGGAGAUUGACUCGCUGUACGCAACGCUCAGUAUCCACGUUACUCAAAAGAAGCCGUUCGCGAAUCACUGCGCCGAGUGUACGAACCAGCGCACAGAGUUGAAGAGGUGGGACUUGCUUCAACAUCCGCUAGCCAUGGCUAAAGGCGAACACUCGUUUCCAUUCUCGGUGCUGCUUGACGGGCACCUCCCAGCCUGCAUGGACAGCCCGUUGGUUGCGAUCUCGUAUGAGUUCAAGGCUGAAGCUCUUCCUCGAAGAGGGACUCCAUUGGCGCCCAUCAGGGUCGAAAAGGUCCUUGACGUCAGGCGCAGCCUUCCUACCUCCGAGACGCCGCACCACUCUGUACGCGUCUUUCCUCCCACCAACAUCAAGGCCAGCGCACAUUAUCCUCAUGUGAUCCACCCGAUCGGCAACUACACACUCGCGCUCCGUCUCGACGGCAUUGCAAAACUCAAUUCCAAGGUCAACACGGUCGAGUAUUGGAAGCUGAAGAAGCUUAUUUGGAAGCUCGAAGAGACGAUCAAGACUGUGGCGCCGGCCUGCGGACGGCACAGCCCCAAGCUCGGCCAGGGUGUGGAGGAGCAGCACAAUAAGAAGGGCGUCCUUCGAACCGAAACUCGGGUCAUUGGGGAGAAGACGCUUUUCUCCGGGUGGAAGAGCAACUACAGCAGCCCGACCGACAGCAUGAUCGAGCUCGAGCUGGACUACAGCCUUGCGAAGCACGCCAAGUACGCCUGCGACAGCAAGAGCCGCGACGGGACUGAGGUGACCCACCAGCUCAUGGUCGAGCUGGUCGUCGCGCAGGAAUGGGCUCCGAUGAACAAGCCGUCGCUUGUGACGCAUACGGGCGUUGGCCGCAUCCUGCGGAUGCACUUUGGCACCAUACUUACGGAGCGGGGAGGUAUCGGCAUCAGCUGGGAUAACGAGGCACCCCCGAUCUACCAAGACGUGCCCCCCAGUCCACCCGCGUAUUCUCAGGAAACCAUCUUCUCGGCUGAACACACGAUCGAUGAGGUGGUCGAUUCCCUGGACGGUUAUGUUCAUGGGAGCAACCUGUCCCGAUGCUCAGCGGAGGUGGCUGUCGAUGGACACUGGGGAGCAAGAUUUGGAGGGAGUUAA